GCAUAAUUUUGUUGUCAUUCUGAUUUUGCUCGGCAAUAGGACCACAGUUCAGUGAAAAUUUAUAAUUUUAACGUGAUGCUGGUGUUGAAUUUCAAAAGUUUUCGUGUUAAAUUGUGAUACCGAUAACUGCGAAAAAAGUGUUGUGUGUAAAGCUUCGAAUAGUGUCCAAAUAAGAUUGCAACAUCAUUCGUUUGGAAAAUUAGAACCGUUCAAUCAAUAUGGGAUCGGAGCAGUCCCAGCUGCAGCAGCAGGCCGGCGAAGCCGGAAGUGGUUCUGUUCGCGGUGGCAGCCUUCGGGCGCAAUCCAGCAAUGCAACGCCGACACCUUCGCGAUCAUCGGCCGCUUCUGGGGCCAAGCUGCUGCGGGGAAAUACCAUUGCCGUUACGGAGAUUUCCGCGCUCAACUUGGACGACGGUGGGGGUCCCUCGUCGACGGGGACACCAUCGUCGGCUUAUAUCUGUGAUUCGCGGCCGGUGUCGCCUCCGAUGAGUGUGUGCUCCGAUUCCGACCUGCCGUACAUAUCCUACACGGACAAACCCAUUGGAGAUUCGCCCAAGUUGCGCAACAAACAGCAAACCAAAGCGGGCAAAAUGCGCCCCAGCAGUGUCAUCGUGGGCCGAAGCCAGGAAGCGAUGCGCUCCGGUAGUGGUGGUGGUGGCGGCAGCAGUUUGCUCAUUGGCCGACAGCGACCUUAUUCGGGUACCACCUCGGCAUCUGGGGGCAGCACCGGCAGCGGCAGCAGUGCCUCUGGGACAGGCCGGCAGGCCUCUUCUAACCACGCGCACAACAUCGUGGUGGUGAAGUCGGCCGUCGUCAAAGAGACCGGAAUCGAGAAGGAUGACGACAUCGUGCGACUGCAGAGCGUUCCGAUGUUUCUGCCGGUGAUGCGCGGAACCCUUUCCCUGCCGGCGAAUCGUGAUCCGGAGGUCCUGGAGCGACUGCACCCAAACCACAUGAUCAACAUGUGCAGCCGGUUGCAGAGCCACUUCAACACCUGUGCCACCCAGGUCGCCUCCGAGCAGCAGCAGAUCACCAACAAAAUCAAAGAGGUGGACCAGGAGAUAUCCAGCGCGUUGGCCCAGCUGGUGCAGAAGCAGAAACUGUACACCUCCUACGCGGAGACGUUCUCCAAGGUGCGGGUGAUAUCGCAGCAGCUGACCCGGUGCAACGACAUCCUGAACCAGAACAUCGAGAGCAUGGAGUACUUGAACAACCUGCUGGACGUGGACGAUCGGUUAGAGCCGUUCGUGUGGAAGACGGAGUAGGGUUUGGGUAGGGGGUUUGGGGCUACCAAGCAGUAUAACCAAAAUUUGCAUUAGUGCUGGUGAUCGACACUAAGUGUUGAAUCUUGCAAUUUUAUGUUUAAAUCUCUAGUACGGGAGCUAGGGAAGUUGGCUGAAGCAAUUUGUUCUAGUUUAUUUAUGCACAUUUGCAAUUAGCUAUACCUAGUUUUACGGUAAAUGAACUGAUGGAUUGAUAAUGCACGGAAUGGCUUUGUAAUCGAAUCGGAAUGAAUUGUAUUCGAAUCUCUCCUGGGCUGUACGUUUUGUAACAUUUGUUUGAUGCUAGCAGAAUUUCUCUAGAAUGAAAACUAAUGUUUGGACUGCUGUCAAAACCCAGUCAAAUAUUUGGCAUCUUGUGUAUACUGAUGUACCUAGUCACUACUUGAGAUAGCUGGGGAGUAGGAAAAGACGAUUCAUUGCGAAACUUUUCAAGAGGGCCUAUGUAACAUUGAGAGGUUCUUUCCUCUCUCGCUCUCAUUCGAUUGAAAUAGUGCUAUAUAAGCUUUUGGGAAGUUUCUCACUAUGGAUCGAACGACAAUGUCGCAACAGCAGAGGUUAAUGUGGGUCAGUUAUUGUUCAAAGAGAAAUUUUGUUGAUUACCUUUAAGAGAAUUGCAAAUAUCUGUCGACGGAAAACAGGAUGCUGUUAAAAUAUAUCGUUGUGUCACCGAUACAGGUGGUAUUUGAGAUGCUAUCUACAGAUAAAGUUUGUCUUUUGAAAAGAUAAACUUAAUAUUGAUAAACAGCUGAGAAAAUCUUUAAACAAGCUUUCAAAGCGAUUUUCAUAGUUAGUUGUAAUUGUCUGAUAUCUGAAUUAAUCUUCCAGCUGUUCAGUUGAAUACCUUUAAGUAAUUGAUAACUCAAUUUAAUACUUUACCAUUUAAUUCGGGUCUUGGCCAUUUGACAUAACGCCAGAAUGGUAAUUUGGCAUACCAUUUUUUCUCCAAGAAAAGGCAACUUUUAGAAGAAUUCCGGCUAUGCAAAAUGACUAUUAUGCGAAAUGACCU